ACUGGAUAAUUUCAGCGGUGCGGAUGCAGCCCAGAAGACAACAUCUGGGCAAACAAAUGGGUCUUUUGGCUGCCAGGGAAACACACAAUCCUGGGAGAACGGCAGCCAUCACAACAGAAGCAGCCUCCAGAGUGCAAGAAGACCUUCAGCAGCUGAAGCAGAAACUACGGGAGAUCAGCCAUGACUGGGACCCAGGAGCGGAUGCUCAGAGCCUUGAGGCAGCCAUUGAAAAGGCUGAAAGUGGGUUGAAGAAACAUGCGGAGCAGUACUUAAAUGCUGCAAACAGAUCUGUGCUAACUAUUUCGAGAAGCGCUAGCGAGGAUCUGUGUUCGAGACAAAUUUCCAAAUGGGGGAUCCCCUUGGAGACUUCUCAGAAAGAAAUAACAUUUCCAGAAGUGCCUGCGAAUACAGCUGCCACCACUUGGCAUGCCAGGCUACCACCGCAUGUGUCUGCAGGUUCGAAGCACAAGUUUUCAAUGGCGUUGAAGAUUUUAUGCGAUCCACGAAAUCCCUGCCACCGAAGCUUUCUGAAUGAGAACUAUGGAGUCACCAUGCCACUCAUUAAUCGAAGGAAAACAUAUAUUGCACCAACUUGGAAAAUAGCAAAAGGUGUUACAGUUGGCAGUCUCUCCAUCGCUCCACCUUCCUUCCCCUUGGAGAAAGUUUGCACAGUCUUUCCAGUGUCCGAAACUGAUUCAGAGAGAGGUAUCCUUAAUCUGAUUGAACGAGGUCUGAUCCCACGUGCUGCUAGGAUUACUCUAGAGAAGCCUCUGGUUCUUCCCAGACCUGUUCCUCUUCAUGAAUUUCACACAAAGUACAGAAAAACAGCUGCUGAUGGAGGCGCAGACAGUAAGAAAGCAGAAGAGGAGCCUUAUCCCCAUGAAAGGCCAGCACAUAUCUCCACUUACACAAAGGAGGGCAAAGGGAAGGGUAGCAUUGCUCCACCUCCGUCCUGCAUCUCGGUCAUUCCUCCCAAGAAAUCAAGAGAGCAGCUGAUUCAGGCAAUUCAAAAGCGGGAGCCAGGCACUUAUUCUGCCUUUCUGCCAAAGACCCCUGGUGUGACACCAGCUCAGGCAUUCCAGAGUCCGGUGCUGGAGUUUAACAUACCGGUCCGCAAAGGAACCAUAGACUACGCAUCUUCUGAGCUCCAAAGGUUUAAACGGCACUGCUGUUUAUUCUGGGGCAGCAUCCUUUCCAUCUUGGAACAAGUUGCCAGUCUUCUGAACGACUAUGCUGUGCCUUUUGCCAUCAUCAAAGGAAAGAAAGUGAUGGAAGUCAUUUCAGAUUUUGAAUUGAACCAGAGGCCGACCAGGGAGGAGCUUCUCUCUGUACUAAAGAAUGCAUCAGCAGUCAGAAAGCUCUUGAGUCGACCUGGCCAGAGGUACAAGGGCCAUAAUGGCACUGAAGUAGCAGCCAUCAAGAUCCAGGCCACCUGGCGGUGUUACAAGCUGAGGAAAGCCUACAUCCAGUUCCGGAGGCACCAGUGGGCUUCAGGGGUGAUUGCCAUCUCUUGGAUGGUCCAUAUCCACAUGCGGCGCGUCAGAAAGAUGCUGAAAGACUCACGGCAGAGGCACCUGAAGAAUUUCUACAUCAGGGCCAAGCAUCUGGCCGCCAACUGGAAUCGCAUCAGGACUUCUAGGAGGACCAUUAUCCAUAUCCCAUCAUUAGGGUAUGCUCAAUCCGUUCGAGAGGCAACUCCCGAUUUCGCUAUUCAUCAGGGAUCUCAGAUUGGAAGGCUGUGCGAAAUACAAGAUCCCAAUGUGGAUGUCAUCUACGUCUGCCCCUUUGAAAUGAGCGAGGAGAUGCUGCAGUAUUACAAUAAGCUCUUGGGUCUGCAGACGGCCGUUAGAUCUGGGAACCCCGAGGACAUGGCUGACCUGCAGGACAGGUUCAAAAUCCUCACCCCUGAAGCCAUCCAGAGCUUCCCUGACCGGCCCAUGUCCCUGGCUACCUUCCUGAAGUACAGCCCCAGGACCAUCAAAAGGAUCAAGCACCUGAUUCAGGGCAAGGAGGCCUAUGUCGUCGGAGGGCUUCUCGGUCAAGAUGACCUGGAUGUGGCCGAUGCCUUAGACGUGCCCAUUUUGGGUCCGGACCCGGAGGUGGCUCAUCUCUACACUUCCAAGUCAGGAAGCAAAAGGAUAUUUGCCGCUGCUGAAGUCCCGGUGCCGCCGGGUCGGUACGACAUCUAUAGCAGGCAGCAGUUGGUUGAAGUCCUGAGUCAACUGAUCAUUGACUACCCAGAAGUGAAGCGCUGGGUCUUCAAGGUGGAUGACGACUUUGGAGGAAGCGGGACAGCGUUUUGCGACAUCAUUGCAAACCUCAGGUGCCAUCCUUGGAUUCUGAAGGAGAGCCGUCGGUACGGCCCUGAGAUAUGGAGGAGGAGCUGGGCGCAUGAACCAGCUUUGGCGAAGAUCUCCCAGGAGCUGCCGGGCCUUUUAGCACAGCACGCCCAGGCUGUCAAUGAGAAACGAUUUCCUACAUGGGGGAAAUUCCUCCAAACCUUUGUGCGUCAAGGUGGAGUCAUAGAAGCUUUCCCACCUUCAGACAGCAUCACCAAUAUUACAGUGGAUAUGUUGAUAGAUCCAACGGGAGAGAUCACAGUGGUUUCCUGUGGAGAUCAGUUCCAUGCCAAUGGUCCCUUCCGGUCUUCGGGAACCACCGUCCCACAGUCUUCUGUUGAACCGCAGGUCCUGAACUCGUUGUGUUUUAAGAUCGGAGAGGCCUGCAAAAGCAGGGGAGUGGUGGGCUACUUCUCCAUUGACUUUGUGACAUUCAUCCACCCCCAAACACUGGGGCAGCAGGUAUGGGCCAUAGACCUGGAUCUCCACUAUAGUGACCAUCUUGCUUCGACACAACUCUUGCUUUACCUCACCAACGGGACGCUGGAUUGCAGCUUAAGCCGCUUCCAAGUGCAGGUCAUUCCCCCAAAACCAAAAAGCCGCCAUGCCAGGAAAGAAGCACCCCAACCUGGUCCCAUUGUCAGCCGCUGCGUCAUCAUGAGCACUUCGAUUAUGCAUGCCAACCUUUCCAUCAUCUAUUACAGUGUCUUCCUUCAGAUGUGCAAAUCUCAUGGGAUUGGAUAUGAUCUCCAGCUAAGAGAAGGAAGCAUUUUUACACCAUUUGAAGACCGGAAGAGACACAGAUUUGGAAUGCUAACAAUUGGAGAACAUCUCCAGGGGGUCCUCAUGACCUUUGCUCAGCAUCUCUUCAUCAUCUAUCAAGAAUUAUCAGCACCUAAUAUGCAUGCCGAGACCAAUUUUAAGGAAGCAGUCCAAGAUGUUGAGAGAAUCCUGGGAGUUGCUGAGCAAAACAAGUUGAAGUUUGAAAAAGAGGAGGAGGAGGAGGAGAAGGCCACCAAAACAGAAACUCCCCCAAAAUAGUCAAACCGUUUCCAGUGCCACCAGUUUCUGACCGGGCAUCUUCACAUCUUGCGUGAAAUUGCCCACGGUCAGGUGCUCUACGUGACAAUAAACAUGCCACCUACAACGGUUGUGUCUUGGAUUUUGGCGCAACACAAUAUACACAUUUCAAUAGUGAGCUCAACAGUUACAAAAAGAUUUCUCACUGGGAAUUGUGUCAGGUGCUCUUUGCUCUGUUUGACGUGAAUGAAUAUUGAUUUAUUGUUCUAAUAAAAUGCGAUGGGUUCAUU